GGGCUGCCAGGAAGGCCAACCAGAGCCACAUCGUUUAUGUGAGCGGUUGGCGGCAGCCCUACGUCCACCACUCGUUGGAGGGCGGUGGGUGGACGGCACUUCCCGGGGUGCCAUGCCAGCAGCUGGGGGACUCGGGAUCUGAACUGUGGCAUGUGUGCAUGAAGUUCCAUGAGGUAUGAACGGAGGAACAUAAUUGGCUCACGCUUCUUGCCCAUCUUGUGUCUUCUUUUGACGAUUUCAGGGCCUACAGUUCGUCCCGACGGAUGGCACCGGUUCUUGGGAUCACCCUUCUGUCACGGACUGCGGUAAGCGGUCAUCAUGAAGAGUGAUGCAGUGAGAUGGGUUUGUUGAUUUAUUUUCUGUCUCUUCCAGGUCCAAAUUAUCAUGUCCCAAGGGCCGGUGUCUUUCUUCUGUGCAAUGGAGAGCUGCGGCAGUUGAGGUCCGUGUCGUCAAGCAGCGGUGUCAUCCAUAUCAUUGUGAAGGAAUAUCGAUGCAUCGGUGAGACACAAGUGCAAUUUGGUUGACGAGUCGCUGCAUUCUUUGAUGGAUCUUUUGCUCUUCAGCUGCGAGGGCGGCGAGAUUUGAGAACAGCCAUGCUCCCACAUUGUCAGCUUCGUGGCCUUCACCCCCGCCCCAAAGCCAGAGCAAGGACCUCCGCCCCAUCACACCCGCCCCGCCAGCCGUGCCCAACACCCUGCGGCAGACGUCCACCAACACCAGGAGAGGGCAGCCGACCGCACUGUCGGCUCUGCCACCCCCGCCCUCAUCCGCUUCUCUGACUGCUGGCAAGAAAUUGCCAGCGACGCCCAGCGGGGGCGGUCUGGUUUCCUCUGGAGGGCCAGCUGCAGCAGCUGCGGCUGCUGCUGGUGUGGCCAAUCCGGUCACACCCCCACAGCCCUUCUCGCACGACUUCCCCAAGCUUGCUGGGCAGCCGGGCUCGCGUAUGG